UCGCAGGCUUCCUAAAACUCAUUUUUCUGCCGGUUAGGCUUUUAAGGUUUGCUCGUCAGCUUUUGAGGUGUUUGUGUCUUGCGGCUCAAAAUAUUUCUGCGACUCUUUUUCUUCGUGAAGUCUUGAAUCGUCUCUUUUCUGCUUAUUGACAAAGAGAAGUGAAGAAGAGUGCAGAUAUGGCGUCAGUAGCUCCAGCGUUAUCGACAGAGCCAGAGUACUUCAAAGUCACAGCGCGCCCAGAGUCCGAGGCCCCGCCGCGCGACAAAGUCACCGCGCAGUACCAUCUCCCGCAGCUGGCGAAGACUAUCAGCAGAUGUCGCUACAAGCGGGUUGCGCUGCAGUUCCCGGAUCGGCUGCUGCCGCACUCUACUGUUGUUGCGCGGGUGCUUGCUGAGGAGCUUGAAGCGGUGGCGGACGGAGCAGAGCAGGUGGCGGAGGUGUUUGUGUUGGGAGAUACGAGCUAUUCAGAGUGUUGCGUGGAUGAGAUUGCUGCGCAGCAUGUGAAUGCUGAUGUUGUCGUUCAUGUCGGAGUUGCUUGUCUCAGUCCGGUCGUCUCGACGCCGGUCAUCUAUCUCUUUGGCGAAGAAGAUCUCGACAUUGAAACCGUCGCCAGUUCAUUCAGGGCCGAGAUCGAAGACAAGUCAGCACAUGUCCUUAUCGUUGCUGAAACACCGUACCAGGCACAUGUCGAUCGCUUGCAUUCAUUGCUCAGCGCUGAGUACCCCAACAUUCUCACCACUAUACCCGCCUUCUCCGAAUCCGCACCGCGGUCGCUCGAUCUCGAGGACUCUUCCUCGGCUGCUGCGACGCCGUCUGAGAUCAUCAUCCCGCCAUUGCUAACCGCAGCCGGCAAGACAACACACACCGUCCGCUCGGACGUUCCAAAUCGGUCGCAUCCACCGCUCGCUGCACCGCUUCAAGACUACACUCUCUUCCACAUCGGCACGCUUCCUCCCGCCGCGCACUUGCAUCUCUCGACCCUGCUCUCGCAAAAACCGAUAAUCAUCGACCCCGCCACCGCGAAACCAAUCACUUCGCCGCUAAUGCCGCUCGCGCGACGGUACCAGACGAUGAUGACCGCGCGCGCGGCGUCGACGAUCGGGAUCCUAGUCAACACGCUCUCGCUGCGAAACUCUGCUGCGCUGAUCGACGCGCUGAAGGAGUCGAUCCGCAGCGCGGGCAAGAAGCAUUACGUGAUUGCGGUGGGUAAGCCUAAUGUGGCGAAGUUGGCGAAUUUUGAUGUCGUGGAUGUCUGGGUUAUCGUGGGAUGUGCGCGCGGAGGCGUGAUCUUGGAUAGACAUGGCGAGUACUAUAAGCCGAUUGUUACGCCGUAUGAGUUGAAGCUUGCGUUGAAGCGAGAGGUGGAGUGGGGUGGUGGAGAGUGGGUGUUGGAGUUUGAGAAGAUUCUGGCGCUGGGUGAUGAUGCUGAGGACGAGGACGAGGACGGAGAGGAUGGUGACGAAGGCGACGACGAUGAGGAUGCGCCUCCUGAAUUCGACCCCGUCACCGGCCGCUACGUGUCUUCCCGUCCCCUGCUAGCAAACACACGACAAAAGCGGACCGCAAAGCAUGUACAAGUCGAACUCGAGAGCAAUGACAGCAAGACAAUAGGUUCAUCAGCCGACAAGCCAUCAUCAAGCUUGAUCUCGACAAAGGGAAACGCAGGACAACUCGCGACCCGCGGCUCGCAGCAUUACUCUACUGCGGCAGCGUAUCUACAGAACCGCUCGUUCUGGAAAGGCCUCGGGUCUGAUUUCCAGGAUGAGGACGAGGACGAGGACGAGGGAGGUGAGAAGAGAGCCGGUGCGAAGUUGGAAGAUGGACGGUCUGGUAUUGCAAGAGGAUACGUGAAUCCCACUGACAACUAGAUGGUUUUGUAUAUAUUGUACAUACGCCAUGUGUAAAUCUGCAUUCUCGGAGUUUUCUGCUUUCUUUUUUUUCGCUAAAAUGUUGAAUAUAAUGAAAAUAAUGUAAUUUUGCAAGCAAAAGCGCCAUGGUCGGCUCUUCUUGG